CCGGGAAUUGGCGGGGCCUUUGUCUCCUACCUCAGCCGGAGCUCCGGAGCUCCGGGUCUCGUCUUCAUUGCUCUGUGUACUCUGCUCCUAGAGGUUCAGCCUCUGUGGCCCCGUUACCUGCAGGUAUUGGGAGAUCCACAGCUAAGACGCCAGGACUCCCUGGAAGCCUGGAAAUGGGACCACUGACAUUUAGUGAUGUGGCCAUAGAAUUCUCUCUGGAGGAGUGGCAAUGCCUGGACACUUCACAGCAGAAUUUGUAUAGGAAUGUGAUGUUAGAUAACUACAGAAACCUGGUCUUCCUGGGUAUUGCUGUCUCCAAGCCAGACCUGAUCAUUUGUCUGGAGCAAGGAAAAGAGCCCUGCAAUAUGAAGAGACAUGCGAUGGUAGCCAAACCCCCAGUUGUGUGUUCUCAUUUUGCCCAAGACCUUUGGCCAAAGCAGGGCUUAAAAGAUUCUUUUCAAAAAGUGAUCCUGAGAAGAUAUGGAAAAUAUGGACAUGAAAAUUUACAAUUAAGAAAAGACUGUAAAAGUGUGCAUGAGCAUAAGGUGCACAAAAGAGGUUAUAAUGGACUUAACCAAUGUUUGACAACUACCCAGAGCAAAAUAUUUCAAUGCGAUAAAUAUGUUAAAGUUCUUCAUAAAUUCUCAAAUUCAAGUAGACACAAGAAAAGACAUACUGGAAAGAAACCUUUCAAACGUAAAGAAUGUGGCAAAUCAUGUUGCAUACUUUCACAACUAACUCAGCAUAAGAAAACUGCUACUAGAGGGAAUUUCUACAAAUGUAAAACAUGUGGAAAAGCCUUUAACCAGUUCUCAAAUCUUACUAAACAUAAGAUAAUUCAUACUGAAGUGAAUCCCUACAAAUGUGAAGAAUGUGGCAAAGCCUUUAACCAGUCCUUAACUCUUACUAAACAUAAAAAAAUUCAUACUGAAGAGAAACCUUACAAAUGUGAAGAUUGUGGCAAAGUCUUUAGUGUAUUUUCAAUCCUUACUAAACAUAAGAUAAUUCAUACAGGAACAAAACCCUACAAUUGUGAAGAAUGUGGCAAAGGCUUUAGUAUAUUCUCAACCCUUAGUAAACAUAAGAUAAUUCAUACUGGAGAGAAGCCCUACAAAUGCAACGAAUGUGGUAAAGCCUUUAACUGGUCCUCAACUCUUACUAAACAUAAGAGAAUUCAUACUGGAGAGAAACCCUACAAAUGCAAUGAAUGUGGUAAAGCCUUUAACCAGUCCUCAACCCUUACUAGACAUAAGAUAGUUCAUACUGGAGAGAAACCCUACAAAUGUGAAGAAUGUGGUAAAGCCUUUAAACGGUCCACAACUCUUACUAAACAUAAGAGAAUUUAUACUAAAGAGAAACCAUACAAAUGUGAAGAAUGUGGGAAAGCCUUUAGUGUAUUCUCAACCCUUACUAAACAUAAGAUAAUUCAUACUGGAGCAAAACCCUACAAAUGUGAAGAAUGUGGCAGCGCCUUUAGGGCAUUCUCAACCCUUACUGAACAUAAGCGAGUUCAUACUGGAGAGAAACCUUACAAAUGUAAUGAAUGUGGCAGAGCCUUUAACUGGUCCUCAACUCUUACUAAACAUAAGAGAAUUCAUACUGGAGAGAAACCCUACAAAUGUGAAGAAUGUGGCAAAGCUUUUAACCGGUCCUCAAACCUUACCCGACAUAAGAAAAUUCAUACUGGACAGAAACCAUACAAACCUAAAAGACAUGACAGUGCUUUUGACAACACCUCAAACUUUUCUAGACAUAAAAGAAAUCAUACUGGUGAGAAAUCCUAGAAAUGUAAAGAAUGUGACAAAGCGUUUAAGUGGUUGUCACACUUGAUUGUAUAUAAGAUGAUUCAUACUGGAGAAAACUCCGAGAAGUGUGACAAAUGUGACAAAACAAUUCUCAUACCUUAUUGCACAGGAAAGCAUUUAUACUUGAGAAAAAUUGUAUAAAGAAUGAAAAAGUCAUUAAUAUCUGCUCAUAUCUUACUCAACAUCAGAAAGUUAGUACUUAAUAAAAGCGUUAUCAAUGAAAUUACUGUCAAAAGAUCUUUCAGACAAUAUAAGCCUGUAAAGUGCAGCAGAGUAUUUUGAAGAGAAACAUUAAAAAUACGAAGAGGUUUGUAGUACCUUUGCUUGUAUCAUAGAUCUUACUGUACACAUUUUGUACUAGAGAAAAACCCUGAAGCAGUUGUUCAAACUUUGUUCAAUACCAGGAAAUUUAUGUUGGAGAAAAACCCUAUGAGUGUAAUGAAUUUGGAAAAAUACUUUUUCAACAACAGCUUAGAACACAUGAGAGGAAUUAUACUAAAAUAGAUUUUUGCAAAUGCAACAGUAAAUAUGAAAUACAUGAUCCAAAAUUAGGUUUAUAUAAAUAUCAGAGAAUUCACAGUACAGAUAUCUUAAGAUACUGACACUUCAGACAUUACACAAAAUCAGAGUGCUGAGUACAGAAAGUUAUCCAAAACACAAGUUGGUAGAUAACUAAUAGUGAAAAAGUUUUUUGCAGAGGUAUAUUUACAUUCAAAGUACACUGUUUUCUUUGGAAAAAAUUACAGGUUUUUUAAAAAGUGAAUAAUGAUAUAAUUCAACUCUCAAAUCCAUGUUGUUUGGUCUUUUUUGGACGGAGUUUCGCUCUUGUUGCCCAGGCUGGAGUGCAAUGGCGUGAUCUCAGCUCACUGCCAUCUCCGCCUCCUGGGUUCAAGUGAUUCUCCUGCCUCAGUCUCCCGAGUAGCUGGGAUUACAGGCAUGUGCCACCACGCCCAGCUAAUUUUGUAUUUUUAGUAGAGACAGGGUUUCUCCAUGUUGGUCAGGCUGCUCUCGAACUCCCGACCUCAGGUGAUCUGCCUGCAUCAGCCUCCCAAAAUGCUGGGAUUACAGGCAUGAGCCACACACCUGGUCCAUGCUUUUCUUCAUUCCUAUUGUAUUCACAUGUGAAAGCAUGUGAUCAACUGUUGUUGCAUCAAAGAUAUGAGAGAUUUUUUUUUUAUUAGAUGGGCAUUACUUAUGACCUUUUUAAUGGAAGAGUAAGAACAUUAAAAUGAAAGACACGUGAUGAAAAUCUAAGUAGAGAGGCUCUUGUGGUUAACUGAUAAUAUUGAGUCAUGCAUGAGGUAGGUGUUCAGAGUAAUAUUCUGCAUUAUAGUGAAAAGUUUUUAAAUUUUAGUUAAAAUUCAGUAUUUUAUGAAUUGUGCUUUUCAUAAUAAAAUGCAGUACAUUUCAAAAUUUUUAGAUUAUGUAUGAACUUAGAUUUUUAAACAUAUUUUAACAUGUUAAGACUGUUGUGUAUUCAGUGAAGCAUUUUUAUGCCACAAACUUUAACCUGCCCCACCUUACUCAAUGGCGUAGGUAAAAGAUGAUGAUAGCAAUAUACUAUUUGGUUACAUAGUGGACUAACAUCUUUAGUAAUCUCUUUUGCCAGUGGCUUUAAACUGCAAAUAAGUCAAAGAAUAUUCCCAUAGGUUUUACAUUUAUAUUUUUUCUUAUUUAAAUUUAUUGUUCUUAUUUUUCAUGGGUACAUAGUGUGUUUUUAUAUUUAUGCCAUAUAUGGCAUGUUUUGAUACAGGUAUAUAAUAUGUAAUAAUCACAUCAGGGUAAAUGAGGUAUCCAUUACUAGCAUUUAUCCUUUGUAUUACAAACUGUUCAGUUCUAUAAUUUUAUUUUAAAAGGUACAACUAAAUUGUUGUGGACUACAGGGUUAUUUUUAUGGUCAUAAUAAAAAUUAUAAAAGUAUAAAUAAAAUA